AUGGUAGAACUUGGCGAUGGUCUUGCGGAGUGCGUGGGUGAGGUCGUGCUCCUCCUUGGCGGCGGCAAGGUGGUCGGCGGCACCUUCUCCAGCCGCCAAAGCUUUCUCCGCGGCUACGAGCUCUGCAUCGGCCUGUCGGCAAUCUUUGGAAGAGCGGAAAGAUGUGGUCGUGGAGCACAUGGAAGCUGGCCCAAGGGCCCCGCCCGCUGCUCCAGAGAGAUGGCUGUGGUCCCACGCUUGCUUCGAGCGCCAUGGCUCCACGACGGGCCGAGCUCGGUCGAUUGGGACCGUCGAUUCCUGAUCGGAUGGAACUCAACGGCAUGCCGUUGUGCGCCUAUAGUGUCGUUCCCCAAUCCGAUUCCUCCCAUGGCGGCCCAAAUCACAGCUCUGAUUCUACCCCUGCUUCCUCCCCCGUGCCGUCGCCCGCUCCCGAGCCUUGGGGAGCUAAAGCCGAUGGGGCCUUCUCGCACCAGAUCCCGUCGGCUCGUGGUCGCCUGCGCAGCCUCCGGCGGCGGUGGGCCGCCGGCGGAGAAGCCGCCCCAGGGACCCUCCCUGCCGCCGCUGUCGGAAAUACGUUGGGGGCAGCUGCUGGCGCCGUCCCCGGACAACGCUGCGGCCGUGGCGCUGACGGCCGCACUGGUCUGGGCCGGCGCAACUCUGCUGCUGCAGCUGGUACUCAUCUCCGCCUCCAUCUUCGCCGCGGCCCUCAAGUACUCCUUCGUCGCCGCGCUCCUGCUCUUCGUCCUCAUCGCGCUCCUGUGAGUGGCGCGUGCUCCCUCCUUCUCAUCCGUCCACGACUCCAGCCCUGCACGCGCUUGGCAGAACAUUUCCUAAUUAUUUUAGCUGGAAACAUUUCCUAGUUUUACUUGCGUGUGUUUAGCCCACCGGACUAAACUGCGUCAAGAUUCCAUUCGCCGUUGUGGCAUCUUGUGUCAUGUGCAACUUGCAAUGAAAUAUAUGUGUAUGUAUACUCAGCAAGGACUAAGGACUGGUUAUGAAAUGUGAACUCGCUAACAGUUUAGUUCAA